GUCCAAUUGCAUGUUGAAUCUGAAGGAUUUGCAAAGAAAAUAUGGCUGCUGCUGUUCUCUCCUUCCAAUCUAUCUCUCAUUUCCCUUCUUGCUUCCCUGUCAACAAGCAACUCAAGCUGAGAAAACCUGUUUUAUCUCUCACAGGUAACAACUUUUGCCACGCCACAUUUUUCCCUGAAUCCCAACCUCUUUCUUAUAGCUUUUCCCUUUUGGUUGUACCUUCUGUGUUUGAGGGAGAUAGAUCUUCCGCAGCGAAAGUUGUUCUUGUCUGGGUUAUUUUCUGUUUGAAUAAUGAUCCCCUGCUUGUAUCCUUACGUUGUAGCUGUAGAGAAGUUCCUUCGGUAACAUUAUGUCUUCUCCUUCCUACGUCUUGGCUUUUGCCUUGGAACUUAUUAAAUUUGACAGAGAUUGCAGAUAAGUCUAGGCCCUUUUGCUCUCUUCAGGCAACUGUUUCAAGCAUAACACCAGAUGGGAACAGAAGAGGAAGCCGUCCUAGGAAAAGUUCUGCCUCAGGAAGAAAGAAGGAAGAUGAAAGCAAAAAACCAUCUGUUGGUAAUGAAGCACCCAACUCAUCUAACCAGGAAGACAUAAUUGCUCUGUUUAGACGGAUACAGUCUUCUAUCUCCAAGGGAGAGACUGGAAGCGCCAAGGCCAAACGUUUGAGCUCAUCCAAGGAUAAGUCCACAGCUGAAUCAGUUUUGGAUGUUCUUCGAGAAUCAAGAAAGAAUGUGCGAGGCGUUGGAUCCAAUAAGGGAGGGAAGGCACCGAGAUGGAAAAGUGGCGUCCCUAAGAAAACCCAAGGGAUGGGAAGGAAGGCUAAUGCAGCAACACUGGAUUUCAAGUUAUCAAGGCCAUCUAAUUUCGUAAAGAGGUCGCCGAUACCAUAUCCAACAGCCCCCAGAGUCAAGGGUCUUGAGCAGAACAAUGAAGUGGUGGCGACCAAUGAGGGGUUAAAGUUGGCAAACAUAGAGACACUGAAACUUAUAGAGUUGAAAGAACUAGCAAAAGCCAGAGGAAUCAAGGGUUACUCGAGAUUGAAGAAGAGUGAGCUUGUUCGACUAUUGAGGUCAUAAUAUCCGGAGCGAAGCAACCAAGCUCUUUUCCGCUUUUCCUUUUAUCUGUUUGAACUAAUUAACCCAUUUGUAACUCCCUUGUGGCAUCACCGCUUUGACCCCCUCUCGUCAAGGAAAAUUGUAUCGCCCAUUGCAUGUACGUUGGCCUGAUUUUCAGCAACCGUUUAUUUGCCGAUUUAUUUGA